AUUUUGAAUUUUGUUAGGGUUUUGUAUUGUUAGGAGUAGAUCGCUUUUUCAGAUUCAUGAUUCCUCUUCAUAUUUUUUUCUGUGAUUUCUUCUAAUCUGCAACCGAAGCAACAGAUAGAUAUGCCAGUUUCAGAUCAAAAGAAUUUGAGUCAGAUGAAUCAUGAUCCCAGGCUUGAAGCCAUUGUUGAUAGAAUGCUUGAAAAGUAAGAUGCAUCAGUGAGGAGAAGUAUUAGCUGGCCAUGGGUAUUGCGAAAGAAGACGGAGAUUGUAUAAGUUGGAGGAAGCUAUCACAAAGAGUGCGAGCAAGAAUGAUGCAUUAUUGGAACUGCAAAGUGCAUUUGAUCUUGUAGAGAAGAGCAUCGGGCCAUUCUCUUGGGUGUUAGAGAUCAUCUUCCAGUUCCCAAAACAUGUCCUGUAGAAGUAGUCAGGCCCUUGAAACUACUACUGCUUCGAGUGAGAAUAUUUCGGAGGAUGUUCAGAUGACGAAUGGAACUCCAGUGGACGCUACACAUGCUACAAGGCUAACACUUCAGAUUCUUUGCAUCCAUUACAAAUUGGACCUGCUGAUACUGAAGACAAUCAAACAGCCUGUCGAGUUUCUAUUCCAUUAUGCAUGCUUAAACAAUCGCCUACGCAAUACCAAUAUUGAGCUCUCGGGACAAUGGAUAAAGAGAUAUAUGAUGAUGUCAAAAGCGUAGUUAAAUGCUCUUAGUUGCUGGUGAAGCUGCUAGCAUCAUCAUGGGUUUAUUAUUGGAACUGCUACUGAAAAGGCAAGCGAGUUGCUCACUUAUACUCUUGAAUCAUGAGACACAACAUGAGAAAAUUAUAACGAUAUGUAAAGUGUGGAGGAGAUUUUUUGGUGAUACUCUAUGGCAUUGCCUUACAGUGGUAC